CCGAGCAUCUUUUGGCUGAAUAUUCUCAACCCACCAGUGGCACUGAUGUGAGUAAAAAAUCCAGUAACUUCACUGAUAUACUUGUAUCAGCUCCACACACUAUCAUGAAACUACCAUGUCAGUGCCACUGCUAUGUUGAGAAUGAUCCACCACCCAAAUAAUAUCUGGCAAACAGUGGUCAGAAAAUGAUGUAUUUAAGGACUGUUUUGACUGGAAAUUAAAUAAAUGUACAGCAGUCUCUGACUUUGCACAGUACUGUAUACUGAAGCUAUUGAGUUGGUGGAGCUCCAAGUGUGAGUGUCUCAUGAAGUGGUCAGUGAGUGAAAGUACAAGGUUUCCAGUAAAGUAAACAGUGAGUGAGUGUAAAACUGUGUUUGGUUUAUAACAGAGAAAGCAAAGCUGAAGCAUAUUUUCACAUGUUGAGGAUUCUUCAAAGAAAUUAGUCUUCAUAGUUGUCCUUAUAAAGAAAGACCUCACCAGAUCCUGAAUGAUAGAGCACAGUAAUAAUGAAACAUGGACAAAUCAACCAGAAACUUUUUUCAUGGAAAAAGUUGAUGCGAGUGCAGCUGAGCUCAACUAACAACACUGUGUGCACAGAUGUUGUUCUUUGUAAGUGUGUGUGUCUUGGUGGUACACGCUCUGUCCAGCCUUCUGCAUCUGGUAGUGAUUAGGUGGGAGAGUAUAAAGCAGAUGCAGUGUGUUUAUGAGCUGCAGAGGGGCUUCAGUAUGGGAGCGCUAACAGUGCUGGGGCUGCAGCUAUGUCUGCUUACCUUCAGUCUCGGGGCACCAUACUUCCCUGUAUGGUCAGUUUCUGACACUGAGAGCCAAGACGAGCUAAAAAGUAUGGACCAGCCCAUUAUGUUUGAGACUGGAUAUGGAGAACUGCAUCAGGCUGAGGCUCCAGAGCUCGGACUGGAAAUGAAAUAUCAGGACCCACAGGACUAUGACAUCACGCUGAUGAAACACAGAGUAAGACGUUCAGAAAAGAAGAAGAAAAAGAAGUUUAGAGCAGGAGCCUUCACCCUACUAGGUUCUUUUCAACAGACAUCUCUGGAUGGGAUUAAAACUCCAGUGAGCUCUCGCACCAAGAGGGAAGCAGAGGCAGCAGCUGGGAAAUUACUCCACCCCCGCCCAAAGCCACACCAGGGAAAGAUGUCUCCUAUAGGGAACACUGGAGAACCUGAGGUGGUUCGGGCUAAAAGACAGCUACAAAAAAAAAAAAAGCCGUCCAAACAACCAUCCAGACCAGGACGAAACAGUUUAGUUGGCUCAAUGGGUCCCACAGUGAGCAGCAUUCAGGAGUGAAGAGACACAGCAAACGAUGAUGUGUACUGAUGAACGAAGGACAAAGUGAACAGUCUGUCACGAUGAAUACCGUCUGAUUUCAUUAUCAUGAAAUGAUUUUAUCUAAACAUGAUUUACAUGUAGCUUCACAAUAUGCAUAGCAGAGAGUAAGAAGGCUAUUCUGACAUGAAAGAGUUGAACAUACAGGAAAUGUAUACGUUAAUAAUAUCUUUUCUUUUGUUAAUCAUUUCCUUUAAUAAACUACCACUGUACUCUUUCUGUAUAUUUUAGUUGUUAUAAAAUUUGGUGCAUUACCAACAGAGACCCCCAGCUGGCAGCAUUUAUUCAUGCAGUCUUAAAUGUAAGCCACGUGCCUUAAUACAACCACAUUGUUACAGUCCUUCUCAGAACUAUAAUACAAUAAAAUCUAACAUCAGCUGAAA